UAGAAUUUCUCCUAUGCUCCAAACCCUGCAUUAUUUCAUUCCCUUUGAUCUACAAAUAGCUAAAUCAUUAUUAUCAUUAUUAUUAAGCCAAAACCAAUAAAGAAAAAUGCUAGCCAUAUUCCACAAGGCUUUUGCAAAUCCACCAGAUGAGUUGAAUAGUCCAGCUUCUUACAAAGGUUCCAAGAAGCCUAAGAUUCCUGAAGAGACUCUCAGAGAUUUUCUUUCCCUUCAUCCAAACAACACUUGCUCUAUCAGCUUUGGCCAUGCUGCUGUUUUAGCUUAUGUCCGCCCUGAUAAUCCUUUCUCUAUUAAUAACCAAAGGUUGUUUUGUGGGUUUGAUGACAUAUAUUGUGUGUUCUUGGGGAGCUUGAAGAAUCUAUCAUACAUGAACAAGCAGUAUGGAUUGUCAAAGGGAAGCAAUGAAGCCAUGCUUGUGAUUGAAGCUUACAAGACCCUACGUGACAGAGGUCCAUACCCUGCAGAUCAAGUUGUCAAGGAACUUGAUGGUAGCUUUGCCUUUGUUGUCUAUGACAGCAAGGUUGGCAGUGUCUUUGCAGCACUGGGUUCUGAUGGAGGGGUGAAGUUGUAUUGGGGAAUUGCAGCUGAUGGAUCUGUGGUGAUCUCUGAUGAUCUGCAAGUUAUCAAAGAGGGUUGUGCCAAAUCAUUUGCUCCUUUUCCAACAGGGUGUAUGUUCCACAGUGAAGGGGGUUUGAUGAGCUUUGAGCACCCAAUGAACAAGUUGAAGGCAAUGCCAAGAAUAGACAGUGAAGGUGCAAUGUGUGGAGCCAAUUUUAAGGUUGACAAGUUCUCAAGAGUCAACAGCAUUCCAAGAGUUGGAAGUCAAUCUAACUGGAUGGAAUGGGAUCAACAUUAGCCUUAUUAUUACUAUUAGUAUUUUCACAAUAGUAAUGUAAACCAAAAAUAUGUCACAUAUCAAUGUUUCUAUGUUUCCUUUAAUUUCCUCUCUAACCCAGAUUGUCUUGUUUUCUGCUUGCUUGUAAUGUUUUCUGUUCUGUUUCUUUAACUUAGUAUAAAUAAUACAACACUCAAAAUGCUUUUUUUUU